GAGCUGCUCCUCACUUUUCUUUUUAAAGUCACUUAUUAAUGUUCAGUCAUCUGUUUUACGCUGCUUUCUGUCCGUCCACCUGUCCAUCCGUCCACUCGUCCGUCCGCCUGCAGACUGUAAGUACUUUUUCACUGAUCUACAAAGAAAAUCGGCUUUUCGUUCAGUCGCGGCUGUAAUCCUUUAAGAACUCUCACCAGACUCCAUGCAGAUAUUUCACCUUUUUAGAGUUCACUGUAAAACUGCAGCUGUAGACGUAUCACACAUCAGAGCGUGAAGUGAAAUGAGGUUUGGGAAAGUCUGGAGAAGGUUUGGAUAGUUUGGAAGAAAGUUUUGGAAAGUUUGAAAGAGGUUUGGAACAUUUUUAAAAGUGAGUCCAUGUUUUUACUUUCAUCCAAAUGUAAUGUUUGUUUACUUCUUUUGUUUUGUUCUCAGGUUCUUUUUGUUCUUCUUCUUAUUAAAUGAACGUCUGUUCCACUCGGAGGUAAAAACAUGAACAAACUGUUUUAGAAAAUAUUUGAUGAUUUAAAAAACAAAAAGAACUUUAAAGAAAUAAGAGAGAGAGAGAGAGAUGGGCUUCGCUGACCUGCUGGACGAGGUGGGCGGGUUUGGCAGGUACCAGUGGCUCCAUGUGACUCUGAUCAGUUUGCCUGGUUUGAUGAUGGCGAGUCAGAACCUGCUCAACAACUUUGUCUCGGGAGUCCCCGCCCACCACUGCAGCCUGCCAGCCAAUCACAGCCUCAGCCUCUACAACCAGUCGCACUACCAGGUGGAUGAGAAGCAGCUGUUGAAAGCUUUCAUCCCUCUGGACUCUUCAGGAAAUAGACUGGACCGCUGCAGGAGGUAUGUGACGCCUCAGUGGCAGCUUUUAGCUGCUAACAGCUCAGCGAACACGAGUCAUCUACAGACCGAAGAAUGUGUGGACGGAUGGACAUUUGACCGCUCUGAGUUCCUCGCUACCACCGUCUCCGAGUGGGUUCUGGUCUGUUCUCUGCGUCCUCUGAAACAGAUGAUUCAGACCAUCUAUAUGGGUGGCGUUUUAACAGGAGCCAUUAUCUAUGGUGGCCUGUCAGACAGGUUUGGAAGACGGUCUGUCCUCAUCUGGUCAUACUUGCAGCUGGGUGUACUUGGCUGUAGCUCCGCCCUCUCUCCUUCAUACUCCGCCUACUGCAUUUUUAGGUUUCUGAGUGGGAUGGCAGUGUCCGGAGUCAUCCUCAAUGGAGUCUCACUGAAGGUGGAGUGGAUCCCGACCAAAUCCAGAACAUUAGUGGGCACGCUCACCUCCUUCUUCUUCACUUUUGGUCAGAUGAUCCUGGCGGGGCUUGCCUAUUGGCUGAGAGACUGGAGGAAGCUGCAGGUGGUGGUCUGUGCUCCUCAGUUCCUGUUCUUCGCCUACAGCUGGUGGUACUCAGAGUCGGCCCGUUGGCUGGUUCUGAACCGUCGAUCUGAGGAGGCGUUAAAGAGUCUACACCGAGUCGCUCGAAUCAAUGGAAAACCAGAGAUGGUGCACAAGUUAACUCUGGAGGUGCUCCAUUCUCACAUGAAUAAGGAAAUUGAAUCAACUCGUUCGUCGUUCACAGCGUACGACCUGCUGAAGACCAGAGGAAUGAGACGCAUCUCAAUCUGUCUUAUCGCUGUUUGGUUCUCCACCAGUUUUGCGUACUACGGUUUGGCGAUGGACCUGCAGAAGUUUGGGGUGAGUAUCUACCUGAUGCAGAUCAUCUUUGGAGCUGUAGAUUUUCCCGCCAAAUUGAUGGCUCUGGGCAUGCUCAGUUACCUCGGGAGGCGGGUCUCUCAGGCCACCUGUCUCUUCGUGUCAGCCUUCAUCAUCUUUGCCAACAUCUUUGUCCCCACAGACAUGCAGACAGUCAGGACCACCUUGGCGUGUCUCGGUAAAGGUUUCACCUCGGCAUCCUUCACCACCGUCUACCUCUACACCGGAGAGCUGUACCCCACCGUCAUCAGGCAGACGGGAAUGGGCUUCGUCUCCACCAUGGCGAGAGUUGGCAGCAUGGCGGCCCCUGCUGUCCUCAUCCUGGACGAGGUACUCCCUGCUCUGCCCAGCAUGGUGUAUGGGGGGGCGGCAGUGUUGGCUGGAUGCUUUGCCUGCUUCCUGCCAGAGACGCUGAAUGUCCCGCUGCCUGACACCAUCGAGGACGUGGAGGAGAAAUGGUCCGGAAGAAGCCCCACCCCCCAACAAAAAGGGGAUGUGCCCUUGCAAGGGGGCGUGGCCUUCGACGACGAUGGUCUGUCUUGUGGGGACCUGGUCUCAAAGGAGAGUGUGGCUUUAAAAGAGCUGAAGGAAACAGGAGGGACUGGCCUUUAUUCCCUCUGACCAAUCAGAUGCUUCUGUGUGACGUGGUCGUCCUCAGUCUGCGUCUCAUGUCAACUCUUUCUGCGAAGGAUUUCCUGAGCGUUGCUCUGCUCUGAAACUCUCCUGGAUAAUGGAACAGUCAGGUUUAUGUUCAGACACAGAUUUUAAGUAUUUACUCUUUGUUUCUGACUAAUCAGCUUUUUCUGUAUCUAAAUGCUACUUUACCCAUAAGCCUCAGCUGCUGUGGCCACGGUGAAGAGGUUGGUCAGAGAUUCUGUUUUCAGAUAUUUAGCUUCCACCUGCCGUCCCGUCACAAGAGGAAACCUCUGGGACAGGCGUCCGUGGACUGUUUUGUUUUUGCAUGAAUUAAUCUUUAAAAAUGAUCGUGGGAAAUAAUGCAAACAUUGUCGAUACUGUGAUUUUAUUUGAACAGUGUUUUAGUAUUUCACAGAUAGACUGAAAUCUUUGUGUGAAGCUGCUGCAUCAUAAUCCUUCACAGUGACCAAUAAAACCACAGCACUUACACCAGGUGAUGUUUUUCAACAGAGAAUCACAUCUAGACAGCAUCAUGU